UGGAAAGAUGGUUGGUUUAAAUAGUCAUAAUUCCUUAAACCUCCCUUUAUAAUUAACUGGCAAGUAAAUGAUUCAAGCUAAAGUUUCAUUUUCUAGUAAUGUCUACUUCUGUUAAGCUUUCGUUUGCUCAUAAAGACCCUCCCCUUUGAAAAGCUAUAAAAUGAGCUCUGAAACAGGCUCGUCAUUUCAUUCACCUCCUGAUCAAAGAUGGAUCUGCAGAUCUCAGUUUUUCUUCUGUUCAUCCUUUUCACUGCAGGACACUCUUUCAGCUGUUAUGAGUGCUCAGGUCUGAUGGGUUCUUGUGCAGCUCAAAAUGUAAAAGCAUGUCCCAGUGGAUUUUCAAAGUGCAUGAGUUCAACAACAGUGGCACAAGUUGGUGAAAUCAGUAGUAAAGUGAAGAUUAAAGCCUGUGCUGCUGACUGUGUAAGUGGAUCCAUGAACCUCGGCAUUGCAAAGACAUCUUUUGCGUGCUGUAACACAGACCGGUGUAACCUCCAAGAUGCUCCAGAUCCCUCUAAUGUCCCCAAUGGAAAGACUUGUUACUUUUGUGAUGAGAAGAGCUGCUCAAACAUAUUGAGCUGUUCAGGGAGUGAAGACCGCUGCUUUAAAGCAACAGGGACUUUUGGGGGCCAGUCAACAGUUAUAAAAGGCUGUGUCUCUAAAUCUAUUUGUGAUGCUGAAACAUCAGUUAGAGAUGUUCAGGGAGCCUCAUGCUGAGGGAACCUGUGUAACGGUGCUCAGAGCGUCACUCAGAGCUUCCUGUUCCUCUGCUGUUCUCUGCUCUCCUUCAUCCUGCUGCACUGAAUCCAGCAGCUCUUCACAGUCUACAAUCAGACACACUGUACUGAAUAUAGAGCCUGUACUUUCUCUGAACUAUGCAUCUUUGGUGUGUUUCUAUGAUUUUUUGCUGUGACAUUUUGAUGUGACAUUUUAUGAAUUAAAACACUACAAUUAAUACAGCCCGCCAUGCUGUAAAAAAAUCAUAAAUAAUUACUACAAAAUUGUCUUUUUAUUCUUUUAAUUCUUAAAAUAAAAUAAAAAUUAAAUGAUCAUUAUGUUCAGAAUAAGCAUGUGUGAUAAUUAUUUAAUUAUUCAAACAAGACAAACUUUUUAGUUUUUCUGCAUUCCCACUUAAAGGAAUCCUGUUCAGUUACAGAUCAUGAAGGCAAUAAGGGAAAAAUUUAGAUAUAUAGGCCUAUGUUGAGAAGUAAUAUUUUGCAAAUACAUGUCAAUAUUUUUCACUCAGUAUAUUUUAUGUAGCUGCCCCCUAAUAAUCGACUAAACAUUAGUUGAGGAGAAGAGUCGACAAAUUUUUUUAUAAGUUGGUUAGUCAAUUAUCAACAAUCGUUGUGUUUCGAAAAAUAAAGAAAACAAACUCAAUGCAUUUUCUGCCGUCUCGGUCUCCGUGAACAGGAGCAGGUUCCAAAAAUGAACUGAAAUUCGCCGUAUAGAUUUGCCUCACAGACAUUAGAAAUAUCUCUAUAGAAAGCUUGAAUAUAAAUGUAUAAUUAAGGAAUUAAAACAUUUUAGGCAGGUGGGUGGUAAAAAAAUAUCACAUGGAGUAGCCUAUAGUAGUAAAUGUUAAAUGUAAAGUAUAAUUCAGUGUAGGCCUAUGUAGCCUAAAUGCAUAGGCUAUUGCAUUUUGGCAAAAUAUGGCUUAAAUCAGGGGUUAAAGCAAAAAAAAAAAAUCCUGAGCCUGAACCUUUUUCCCGGGUUGGGGUUUGGUUGCGGGGGUGGACACAUACGCAGGGUUAUUUGGCAAACAAACAAAAAAAGAACAUUAUUUGAAUGAUUUUCCUUGAAAGGCUCAGACUACUGAAAUUGUUUUGUUCAAAAGAAAUAAUGGUAAAUUAAAUACUAUAUAUAAAAUAAGAAAUAUACAAAGACAGUUUACUACAGAAAACUACAGUUCAGUUCAAUUGAUGACAACAAAAACAAUAAAAUGCUUCAAGAACUGGAAACUUAAACAGGGUUCGUCCAGAUACUGCAAAAUGAAAUUCCAGGACUUUCAAGCACUACUUUUUGGUUUUCAAGGACUAAAAUCAGAUAAAAAUUGCUUAAGAAAAGAAUUAAAUUUAUAAUAAAACUAAUAUUUUCUUUUGUGGGGUCUGAGUCAAAAUAUCCAAUACCCAAAUAUAAUAUUUCUCAUUUGUAUAGAAAAUUCUGGCAAAAGCUUCAACUUAACAAAAGCACCAAUAUCAUACCAAAACUCCUGAGUGUAUUGACAUGAUCAAAAUAAGUGUUCCACUGUUUCAUCAGCAUUUAAACAAAAAGAGCAUGAUAGCUCUACAUCAGCUCUAAACUUUUGUAUAAAUUUCUUGACAGGAUAAAACCUGUGGAUCAGUUUAAAAGACACUUCUUUCACCUUAUUUGUGAGAAAGAAUUUUUGCUGUAGUGACCAUACUUUUUUCCAAUUGAAAUUAUCAAAUAAAUUAUUCCAAAAAAAAAGUUAUAUGUGGAGCAGAAAUUAAGUUCUCAAGAAAUAAUGAUCUUAUAGUUCUUGUUUCUUGAUGCAGAAAGGCAAAUUUGACCAGCAGGAGUGUCACAGGGAUUAAGAAAGGAUGAAGUAACUGUUGAAGAGUACCUACAGUUUUUAAGAAGCAUACACAAACCAGAAGGAAUAGCUCCCAUAACUACAGCGAAUUCUUUUGGAGUUACAGGUAUUUGGUAUUUCGAAAGAAAUUCUGAAUACCUGAGCAAAAGACCUUGAUUGUUAAACAACUGCUACACCAAAACCAAACCAUUACUAAACCAAUUAUCAUAAUACAGAGAUUUGUUCUUAAAUAAAAUGUUCUUAUUGUUCCAAAUAAAACACCUCUGUGGCGAAAAAUUAUGUUUAUAAAUUAAAGCCCAUGCUAGAAGAACCUGUCGAUGAAAGUUGGAAAGUUUGAUUGGGAGUUUCGAUAUAUCAUAAUUACACAUUAAAAGAAAAGGAAGACCACCAAACUGUGAAAAAAAUAAGUUGAGGAAAAGCAUUCCAAAUAGAAGUUGGCUUAGUAUUGCUUCAGCCAAUUCAUUUUAAAUGUAUUGUUAAGGGAAUCGAAAUAAAUGCAAUUCAAACCAC